UGCUCUCCUCAACCAAUGUUAGGCGCUGGCCUUGGACUGUGAAAGAGGUGUUCCCUGGAAUAGAAGCAAAUCAUCUUUAAUGAGGAUUCAGAGAGAACAAAAUUUAAAGAAAAUAGAUCAAAGUAACCUCCUCACAGACCCGUGAACAUACAAAAGAAUCAUUCGUCAUUGUUCAAGAAUGGAUGAGAGAGUAUUGGCAUUAUCUGUCCAUGACUAUCGAACACAAACUCCAAAAGCUCAGGCUGCUCCCAUUGGACAUGUGGCUGAAAGAGAAGAGAAUGUGGAGCGAGGCAACUGGUCAUCAAAAACAGACUACCUGUUGUCAAUGAUCGGCUGUGCUGUGGGUCUGGGCAAUGUUUGGAGAUUCCCUUACCUGGCUUACAGAAAUGGAGGAGGUGCUUUUCUCAUUCCCUACACACUCAUGCUGGCAUUUGCUGGAAUGCCGGUGUUUUUCUUGGAAUCAGCCUUUGGACAGUUUGCUAGCUGUGGUUGUAUCGCUGUGUGGAAAGCUGUGCCAAUGCUACAAGGUGUGGGGAUCACCAUGAUGAUUGUGGUUUCAUUUUGCAACCUUACCUACAACUGCAUCAUUGCCUACAGCCUAUAUUACCUGUUUGUCUCCUUCCAAUCCCCUCUGCCGUGGGCAGACUGCUUCAGCUGGUGGGGAGCAGAUGAAACCUGCAGCAGGACACCCAGAGAUCCGCUCUGCAAUCUCACUCUGGACAAUGGAUAUUCUGAAAUCGUUAACACAACGUGGCUGCAGAGAAACAACAGAACUUGCUCCAAUGGAUCCGAAAUCUACGUUCCUCACCAGAGCCCAAGUGAACAGUACUGGGAUAAAGGGGUUUUACACCGGUCCAGUUUGAUGGAUGAGAUGGGGAACAUCGUUUGGCAUUUAGCCCUCUCUUUGCUUCUGGCCUGGCUGAUCAUUGGGGCUGCCCUGUCCAAAGGAAUCAAAUCUUCAGGAAAGGUGGUUUAUUUUACAGCAAUAUUUCCAUAUGUGGUUCUGACCAUACUCCUUAUCCGCGGGCUGACCCUGGAGGGAGCCCAUAAGGGGAUUGAAUUCUACAUCGGAAGCCAAACAGAUUUCUCAAAACUGGCUGAUACAGAGAAGAUGAAGAAAACUACUACCGUGAAGACAACGCAAGCUGGAACAGAAUCAAGGCCCACUGUUGCCAAAGAACCACGGGCUCAGGUCUGGAAAGAUGCAGCAACACAAAUAUUCUAUUCGCUAGCAGUGGGCUGGGGAAGUUUAAUAACCCUCUCAUCCUACAACAAGUUCCACAACAACUGUUACAGAGACACCAUCACUGUCUGUGUUGUGAAUUGUUCCACAAGUGUGUUUGCUGGGUUUGCCAUCUUCUCCAUCCUUGGACACAUGGCUCAUGUACAGAACAAGCCUGUUUCGGAGGUUGCUCAGUCAGGUUUUGGUUUGGUUUUCAUCGCCUACCCAGAGGCCCUUGCACAGUUGCCAUGGGCACCUCUAUGGUCCGCUUUGUUUUUCUUAAUGUUGCUCACUCUGGGACUUGACACUCAGUUUGGAGCUUUAGAAGUAAUUACAACGACCCUAGUAGACCAGUUCCCGAAGCUUCUACAAUCAAAGCGCCUUUACCUGACAGCCGGACUUUGCCUCAUAUUUUACCUCCUUGGUCUUAUAUUUGUAACAGAGGGUGGAGUUUACUGGUUAAAUUUAAUAGAUUAUUUCUGUACUGGAUGGAUUCUCAUUACAAUCGCCCUGCUGGAACUCAUUGGCCUAAGCUGGGUUUAUGGGGUAAACAGAUUCAUCAAGGACAUUGAGAUGAUGAUUGGAGAAAGGAAUUUUCUCUUCUGGCUGUGGUGGAGAGUCUGCUGGUGUUUCAUCUCACCAUGCAUGCUGUUGGCAAUAUUAACCUGGUCUUUAGCAACAUUUGCUCCUCCAUCAUAUGGACCCAUGGAGUACCCCGUCUGGGCAACACCAUUUGGCUGGUUUUUGAUCAUCCUGUGCAUUAUGUGGAUUCCUGUCAUUGCCAUUAUGAGAGUUGCCCAAGCAGAGGGCUCAACAUUGUCCCAGAAAGUUGCUGCUGCUUGUUCCUCAGCUCCUGACUGGGGUCCAUACUUGGAACAACACAGAGGAGAAAGAUAUAGGAACAAGCCUGGUUCUGCAGAAGUUCCUAACCAAAUGCAACUUCUUACAACUAGAAGAUGAACAUUUGAGGAAAUUUCAUUUAAUUUUGUAAGCAAUGGUUUUGAAGAUCUUUAACUCAUCUGUAAAUUCAGCAAGAGAUCAAGACUGCCAGCCCCUCAUUGGAAUACAUAUAAAGAUUGAGAUUAGCUUUAUUUGUCACAUGUACAUCAAAAGAUACAGUGAAAUUUGUUAUUUGUGUCAAAUCAAAUCAGCAAGGAUUGAAAGUGUCACCGUGCUUGUGGCACCGACAUAAUAUGCCCACAACUCUCUCACACUGCAGAGCUAAUAGGACUUGAUGUUUCAAUCCCUCUGGCACUCUUGAUGUUGGCAGUGGAGUUGGAGUGGUGACAAGGAGGGGAGGUGCCUCAUCACGUCAUCAGGUGGGCACCUUUCUUCUUUGACGUUUCAUUGAUAAGCCCACAACAUUUCCAGAGUACUCAACCGUGCUACCUGGCAUCCCAGAUACACCCCCCUCAGUUCCAUACCCUUCAUCUUGCAGCCCAGUUGUUGUCUUUCCUUUUAAUCCAAAUCCAAUUACUGCUUUCUGCUGCUGCAUUUGACAAGGACUUGAUUGCUUGUUGGAGUGAAUAACCCCUCACCCCUAUCUUCUUCAAUAGACUGGUCGUAGAUGUAGCCACGAAUCCCCUGCAUCACACUUCUACAGGGAAAAUCUUGGUCUUCCAGCCAUUCUGGGCAGCUUCAGUUGCCAGUUCAGAGUACUUGGUCUUUUUCCUCUCAUAAGCAUCUUCAACACCAUCUUCCUAUGGUACUGUCAAUUCUACAAUAUAUGCCAGCUUGGCUGACGUGGACCACAGAACUAUGUCUGGCCAGAGUAUUGUAGCCGCAAUACCUGGGGGAAACACAAGCUUUUUUUCCCAAGUCCACGUCCAUUUUCCAAUCCCGAGCAACCUGCAGAAGCAUGUGUGCUGAUCACUCUUUCGAGCUUUUCCACUUUGUUAAUGAGGAUUUGAUACACUGUUAAAGGCCACAUGAGUCUUGGGAGUAUACCGAACUGGAAGCACCAUAGGUUGAGUUUUCCUGGCAGCCAGGUCUGUUAAUGCGAGCUAUGUACAUGAUGGUUUCCUUUUUGAGUUGUUUAAACUGCUUGGUGUCCUUGAGCUUAGUAUCAUACCAUUGGCCCAAGCACUGACAUUUCUGACACAGUUGGGACAGGUGUUCUGUCAAUAUGAAAUCUUUGAUCCAUAUCUUGACCUUUGACAAUGGAGAUGCUUCUGUGCUUGCUGGGCUUGAUCUUCAUCCUCGCCCAUGUGAUGUUUUGAUGAAGCUUUUCCAGAAGUCUCUUGGUGCAGGGGACAGUUGUCAUCAGUAUUGUUAUAUCAUCCAUAUAGGCUCGUAUCGGUGGUAACCAUUGACCAAGCUGUAGCCGUUUUCCUCCCACAACCUAUUUUGAGGCUCUGAUAAUGAGCUCCAUUGCGAUAGUGAAGGCCAAUGGGGAGAUGGUGCAUCCAGCCAUGAUGCCUACUUCCAGUGGUUGCCAAGCUGUGGUGAAGUCUGAUGUUGUGAGACAAACUUGCAGAUCCUGGAAGUAGUGUUUUACCAGAUUUGUUGUUGUUGCAGGCACCUGCAAGAAUUCAAAAGCAGUCCACAGCAGGGAAUGAGGAACUGAUCCACAGGGUAAUACAGUGGUGUUUGGAAGUUUGUGACCCCUGUAGAGUUCUGCAGAAGUAUGACCUAAAAUGUGAUCAGAUAUUUACGCAGUCCUAAAACUAGAUAAAGAGAACUCAAUUAAAUAAAUAACACAAAAAAUUACACUUGUUCAUUUAUUUAUUGAGAAAAAUGAUCCAAUAUUACACGUGUUUGUUGGAAAGAGUAUGCAAAACUUUGCUUUCAGUAACUGGUGUGACCCCUUGUACAACAAUAACUUCAACCAAACAUUUCAGUCCUGCACAUUGGAUUGGAGGAAUUUUAGGGCAUUCCUCCUUACAAAACUGCUUCAACACUGCGAUGUUGGUGAGCUUCCUUGCAUAAACUCCUUCCACAAAACUUCUAUAGGAUUAAGGUCAGGACUUUGACUCAGCUAUUCCAAAACAUGAAAUUUAUUCUUUUUAAACCAUUCUGUUGUUGUCUUUUGGAUCAUUGUCCUGUUGCAUUAUUGAACUUCUAUUAAGCUUCAGGUGAUGGACAACUACCCUGGCAUUCUCCUGUAAAAUGCCCUGUUACAAUUUUAAAUUCAUUGUUCCCUCAAUGAUUACAAGCUGUCCAGGCCCUGAGGCAGCCAAGCAGCCCCAAACCUUCCACCAUGCUUCACAGUUCACUGUUGGGAUGAGGGUUUGGUAUUGAUGUGUAGUGUCCUUUUUCCUCCAAACAUAGCAAUGUGCAUUUUUGCCAAAAAGUUCAAUUUUUGUCUCAUCACUCCACAGAACAUUGUCUCAGAAGUGCUGUGGAACAUCCAGAUGGUCUUUUUCAAACUUGAGAUGUGCAGCAAUGCAUUUUUUUGCUGGAGAGCAGUGAUGUUUUCCUUGGUUUCCUUCCAUCACCACCAUUCUUGUUCAAUGUUUUUCUUUUGGUAAACACAUGAACAGAGACUUUAGCAAGUUCAAGUGAUUUUUGCAGGUCUUUUGGAUUCUUUUUCACCUCCUUCAGCAUUGCAAGUUGUGCUCUUUGUGUGAACUUUGCAGGAUGCCCACUACUGGGGAGAUUAGCAAUAGUACUGAAUAUCCUCCAUUUGUAGACAAUUACUCUUACUAUGGACUGCUGAACACUCAAGUCUUUAGAAAUGUUUUUGUAGCCAUUUCCAGCUUGACGUAUCUCUAUAAUUCUUCUUCUAAGGUCCUCUGAAAGUUGUUUUGAUUGAAGCAUGGAGUACAUAAAAAAAAAUCUUCCUUGAGAAGAGCAAGCUCUGUCAGUAACCUGACUUUGUGUGUCUUUUUUAUAGAGCAGAGCACUCCUACAACCCACACCUCCAAUCUUAUCUCAUUGAUUGGAACACCUGACUCCAAAUAGCUUUAGAAGAAGGUACAGUAUUACCCCAGAGAUUCACAUAGUUUUUCCAACAUGUAAUAUUGGAUCAUUUUUCUCAAUACAAAAUGAACAAAAAUAAUGUUUUUGUGUUAUUUAAUGUGGUUAUCUUUAUCUAGUUUCAGGACUUCAGUGAAGAUCUGAUCAUAUUUUAGGUCAUACUUAUGCAAAAAAGGGAUAAUUCCACAGGAGUCACAAACUUUCUAGCACUCUGUCUUUUGGAAUGUGAGGGGAGAUCAGGACACCCAGAGGAAACUUACGCGGUCACAAGGAGAACAUACAAACUCCUUGCAGACAGCAGCAGGAAUCAAACACUGAUCUUACUGCUGGCACGUAACCAUGACAUCACCAUGCUGCAAAUGUCACUCCACUCCUUAAGAAGGACUGGAGACCAAAGACAGGAAAUUGCAGACCAGCCUGACUUCAGUGGUUGGUGAAAUGUUGGAGUCUAUUAUUAAGAUUGAGGUUUCAGUGUACGUGGAGGCACAUGGUAAAAUAAACCAAAAACAGCAUUGUUUCCUCAAGGGGAAAUAUUGUCUGACAAAUCUGUUAGAAUUAUUUAAGGAAAUAAUAGGCAGAACAGCCAAAGGAGAGUUUGUGAAUGUUGAUUACUUGGAUUUGCAAAGGUGCUACACCUGAGGCUACUUAACAAGAUUAGAGCUUAUGAUAUUGAAAGAAAAGUUCUUGCAUGGAUUGAAGAUUGGAUGACUGACAGGAGGCAAAGAGUGGGAAUACGGGGGUCCUUUUCUGGUUGGUUGCCAGUGUCUAGUGGUGUUCCACUCGAAUUAGUGUUUGGACCAAUUUUUUUCACAUUAUAUGUCAAUGAUUUGGAUGAUGGAAUUGAUGGCUUGGCUGAUAAUACAAAGAUGGGUGAAGGGGCAAGUAGUGUUGAGAAAGCAAGGAGUCUGCAGAAGGACUUGCAGAAGAUAGAAUAGGAGAUUGGAUAAAGAAAUUGCAGAUGGAUUACAGAGCAGCAGGGUGUUCUGACAUUCACUUCAUAGAAAGAAUAAAGGUGUUGACUAUUCUCCAAACAGAUUUAUAGCAUUGCAGCUAAUAGCAUUGCUCAGUCAACUUGCACAGCACAAUGGAUGGAAGUGCUUGCUUCUAUGGCAUGAGGAAUUAAUGUUUCAAUGCAGAACAUUCAAACACAAAGAAAAACAUAAUGCAAGAGAAUGAGAUAGUGCAUUAAACUAUCAAACACUUGACACACUCACUCAGACACUCAGAAAGGAAUGCGGACUAGUUGAAACCCUUGCGAUGAUCCUGCUCAGCUUCGUGAUGUUGUUGUGUCCAAAGUAACUCAACCCAACACUGUACUCUCAUCUGCCCACUGACAGGGAUGUGCAGUGAUGGCCCAAGUGCAGAGGGAGAGACAUUGAAGCAGACUGAACAGUUCACUGAGUUUCAAUAAGAAUUGUGCGAAACAAAAGGAAAAUAAAAGUUCAGUUAACUAAGACUCUCAAACUAAAAUCUAAGGCAGACAUUGCGGCUCAGAAGCAGUACAUAAAUUUUGCUCCUUUACAGUGUCAAUCUAUACUGUAGCCUUUUUUCCUGGAAUGAGGACUGAAAUAAGCAGGGAGCAUAUAAGACUGAAAUGAAAGGAAGGGAGUUAAAUACCAUCACAAUGAAACACUAAUUGGUUGGAACAUGUAUACCUACGAGUGUAAUUUCUGACCCUGCUCAGCUUCCCUCCUGCCCUCUGGUGCUGCAACAGAAUAGACCAUGGACCAUCAACCAAGCAGUGUGGGGAGGGGGAGGGAGGAAGUCACCGGCUUGGGCUGGAAAACAUGGGUUAAUCUUCAUAGGCCCUGUCUGUAGGAGGCUCUAUUGAUAGCCUUCUCCGCUUUGAAUGGUACCAUGAGGCGUGGGGCCAACUUGCAGUUCUCAACCUUCGAAGGAAGAUCUCUUGAUGCCAGCCAGACUUUCUGUCCUGCCUUCGGAGGCCUCAACUGUUAGUGGAGCAGGUUGGCCUGCUGGGCAUUUUAUUCCUAUAUGUACAGUGGAGAAGAACUGACCCACCCCCACAUGCAUUUGUAGCAUUGGACCAACUGCUCAGCAACUUCCACGUCAAUCUCUUAGUCAGGGAAGAGUGAAGGCUGAAAUUAUUUUGGGCAUUCAAAGGGGGAUAUGUGGGUAGAGACUGAUAGGAAGCUAUUGUGGGCAAUCAGUUGGGAGCUCCAGCUCAUGUGUUUGGAAGAAACAUGCAGUGCAGAAUAUUCUCCAGUUCCUGAAUCACUCCCUCAAUGGACUGGGACCAUAUACCUGCUGAAAGGCUGGCUGUGACUCCUAAAAGAGAAGGGAAGCCUUCCAAAAAUGGGACAUGAACUGAGGUCCUCAAUCAGACACUAUGUCCUGAGUGGAAGCUGUGCAGCCUGAACAUGUGGUGAACAGUUACAACAACUGACGCGAGUUUGGGGUGACCAAUGAAGUGGGCUGCUUUGGAGAACUCGUUUACAACUACCAGAAUGUUCAUGUUCCCAUCAGACAGAAGCAGACUCGUGAUGAAAUCCAUUGAGAGAUGAGUCUUGGCCAGUGAGACACAGGCAGUGGGCAGAGCAGACCAGCAGGGCAUUGAUGUGAGCUACUGUUCUGGUCACAGGUGGGACAGGCAGAGACAAAGUUCUGGACAUCCUGGGACAUGGCCACCAAAAUCAUCUCUUUAUGAAUUCCAGUGUCUGCUGAAUCUGUGUAUAGCCAACCAGACAGGAAGAGUGAACCACUUCAAUGCACUGGGGCACAGAGUGGCAGGGGCAAACAGGGGGUUGGGAUAUCCCCCACCUGAGCCUGUUGGAUAGCUGUCACUUCUGCUUCUAUUCCCCAAAUCAAUGGAGCAGUAAUGCAUGAGAGAGGAAGGAUGGGCUCUGGAUUGUCAUUGUCCUUGGAGAUGUCAAACUGGCAGGAGAGAGCAUUAGCCUUAGUAUGCUUGCAGCCAGGAGGGUGAAAUGAAAGUGAGUGAAGUAAAGAACCCAACAGGCUUGACGACAUUUGAGUCUCUUGGCGUGACAAAUGUAGGAGAGAAUCUUGAGGCCUAUCAAACCAAAAAAAGGGUGGUCUUCUCCUUGCAGCCAGUGUCGCCAUGCUCCCAGGGCCUCCUUGACAGCCAGGAGUUCUCAGUUCCAAAAAUUGUAGUUGCACUCUGCAGGAGUCAAGUGACAGGAAAGAAAAGCACAGAGUUGCAACUGAUAAAGUGAAGAGUGCAGGGAGAGUAAUGCUGACACCACAUGCAUUAACUUCAAUGAUGAAUGAACAGGAUGAGUUUGGGUGUCGCAGCACUGGGGCAGUGGUGGUAGACCAUUGAUGGUUCCGGCCAGUCUGUGACUGACUGUACUUUACACAGGUCCAGUUGAACACUGGAAGGGGUGAAAUGUAGCCAACAUAUGACACCUGCUACUUGUGGAACUCACACAUCUUUGGCUUGGCAUAAAGUUUGUUCUCGAGGAGCCAUCUGAGAACCCUCUGGACCUGCUGGAUGUAUUGUUGGGGAGAGUGGGAACAGAUAAGGAUGUUGCCCAACUACACAAAAACUAAUUGAUUCUACAAGCCCCAGAAUACAUUAUUGACCAGAACCUGAAAAGCAGCAGAGGCGCUGGGCAGACCAAAUGGUAUCACAAGAUACUCGUAGUGGCCAGUGGAGGUGUUGGAUGCUAUCUUCCACUCAUCCCAUUAUUGGAUGUGAAUCAAGUUGUAAGCAUUGCACAAAUCUACCUCAGAGAAUACGGUUGCUCUGUGGAGAUGUUCGAAUGCUAAGCGUAGCAGGGGAAGAUGGUAGUGGUUCUUCACCAUGAUGUUGUCGAAGGGCCAGUAAUCAAUGCAGAAACAGAGCUUGCCAUCCUUCUUGUUCAUAUAAAAGAAGCCCAUUCCUACUGGUAAGGCUGAUAAACCCGAAGGCCAAUGCCAAUGUACUCUUUCAUGGACACCAUUUCAGGAUGAGAGAGGGAAAAGUGCCAGCCCAGGGAUGACUAGUACUGGGGGGACAAAGUCAAUGGCACAGUUGUAUGGCUGGUGUUGAGGCAGGGAAGUAGCCUUCUUCUUCCUGAAAACUACAAGAAGGUCAGAAUUUUCAACUAGAACACCAGACAGGUCCACACUAGCAAUUGGUACAGGAGGGGAUAUGAUAAAAGGAGCUUGAGCUGGACCCAGAUAGGGAGAGAGGCAUACCAAUUCCUAUUCUUGGAGUGCCUUUAGAGACAAAUUAAUCCAUGAGAUAGCCAAGAAGGGCCAAGCACCAGUGGCAGUUCAGGUGAAUCAAAAAGAUAGACAGAGAGAUGUUCUCUAUGAUGGCCUUUUAGCAGAAGUUGGAACUGUUAUGUGGAAAGGUGGAUCUUACUUUUGCCUGGAGGCCAGCUAUCCAGAGUCUUGACAUUGAUAUUUUCUCUCAAUUCCUGAGUUGGAAUUCUCCAUCUUCGAGCCAGAGAUAUAUCCAUGAGGUUCCCAGCUGCCCCAGAGUCAAUAAACGGGUCUGAACCUGCACAACAAGGAAGCAGAGAGCAUUGCACAAUUAGGAGCAGAUGCUUGCAGAGAUAAUUGACCCACCAGAAUUCCCCUUCUUGCUGAUGGGCAUCUCUUUUACUGGGCACUUGGGACAUGAUACCCUGAAAUGUCCUGGAGAGCCACAGUAAAGGCAGGAACCUGUUCUCCAAAACUAAUCUCAUUCCUCAUGAGAUAGCUACAGGCACCUGACCUGCGUAAGCUCCUCGGCGGACUCUGUGCUGGGUGAUGAGAGAGAGAGUGAAGACAGACUGUGAUCUAAAGAGUAGUGAGCUUGGGGCAUUCCACACAGUUGCCUAAUUGUCAAUUUAAAUGUCCAAAUUAAUCAGGUCAUCCAAGCUGUCCUGCUUGUCCGCUCUGUGAUCUCGUACUGGACUCUUGCUCUCAACCCAUGCUAGGAAACAGUGAUGUGGGAUCUCUCAUUUUGCCCUGUCUCAAUCGCAAGCACACAGAACUUUACUGCAGAGUCCCUCACUGUCCCUUUUCCUUGGCGCAGGUCCAGGAGUCAUUGGACAACCUCACAGGCCAGUACUGCAAGAUCAGACGUUCUCUUGAACUCGACUACAAAAUGCUGGAAUGCAGGAGAACGUUAUUCUCAUGGGGGGUUGAACAGGCUGCGUGAGGAUCCAUCUAAGUCUUAAGUCAUAAACUAGUUUACACAGUGAGUCUCUCAGAUGCUAAGAGAUUCGCCAUGUCGGCUAGUUUACACGCUUCAUCACCAAACCGACCUGGUUGAGCUUGGAAGUUCAGUUCAUACUGGGUAAUACAUUUCCUGCAGCUGCUGGGGUCACUGGAGUAUCUGCUUGGUGAAGGAGUUCUCCGUUCUGAUCUGGUCUGGACACUGACACAGUAGUGGCUGAGGCUGGUGAGACUGUUAAAGAGGAGGAUGUAGGAGAUGCUGGGAAGGGCACUGUCCUGGCUGAAGGCUGAUGAACUCUCAUUGUGAGAGCAGCUGCCACCCUAUUCCAGCUGUCUAUGGUGAGUUGCCAAACUGUCAUUGUGAGGGUUGACACCUUCCUGCUUGAACUGGACUUGCCAUCCUGAGAGUAGUUGUCACACUGCAUGGGGCUCUUCUGCUAACCCAGACCCUACUGACAUUAAUGUCAACACAAACUUUAGUUUGGGCUGGGCUUGUCAUUCUGCAAGUAGCUGUUGGAUUGCAUAAAUCACCUCUGCUAAGCCAGAAUCCACUGACUUCAACUUCUUUCCUACCUGACCAACAAACAUUAGGGACUUGAUCAGCUAUUCUCUCUCUGCUAGAUCCAUUUUGGUGUUCAACUAUUGAUGACAAAGAUGCGUGGUGAUGGCCCAAGUACACAGAGAGACAGAGAAAGAGACAGAAGUGCACUGAAUUUUAGUAAAGAUUGUGCAGAAAUAAAGGAAAAUAAAAAUGCUAUGCUGAUAGGGCUAUUAGCUAAACUCUCAGACUGAAAGCUAACACUAACACUGCCACUUGAAAGCAAUAACUUAGUGCUAAGUUCUGCUCCUGUACAGUGCCAAUCUGAACUGUAGCCUUCUUUUCCUGGAAUGAGGACUGAGAUAAGCAAGGAGCACAUCCAUCACUGUGCUUUGGUCAAGACCUGACAAAACUGAAACAAAAGCAAGGGUGUUAGAUACAAUUGUGAUGAAAUACAAAUUGACUGGAACGUGCAUACUCAUAAGCGUGACUGACACCUGUUAGGGCAUCCAAACUCAGAAUCAGAAUCAGCUUUAUCAUCACUGGCAUGUGACGUGAAAUUUGUUAACUUAGCAGCAGCAGUUCAAUGCAGUACAUAAUCUAGAAGAGAGAAAAAAAAUAAACUAAAAUAAUAAUAAUAAAUAAACAAGUAAAUCAAAUAUGCAAAAAACAGAAAUACUGUAUAUUAAAAAAGUGAGGUAGUGUCCAAGCAUUCAAUGCCCAUUUAGGAAUCAGGUGUGUGUGCCUUCAGGCUUCUGUACCUCCUACCUGAUGGUAACAGUGAGAAAAGGGCAUGCCCUGGGUGCUGGAGGCCCUUGAUAAUGGACGCUGCCUUUCUGGGACACUGCUCCCUAAAGAUUUCCUGGGUACUUUGUAGGCUAAUACCCAAAAUGGAGCUGACUCAGAAUGUAGCCCCUCCAUGCCAGACAGCGAUGCAGCCUGUCAGAAUGCUCUCCACGGUGCAACUAAAGAAGUUUUUGAGUGUAUUUGUUGACAUGCCAAAUCUCUUCAAACUCCUAAUGAAAUAUAGCUGCUGUCUUGUCUUCUUUAUAAUUACAUCAAUAUGUUAAUCUUUGACCCUAAUCUUUCUCCCAAAUUAUAAGUAUAUAAAGUCUCUGUUUCCACCUUUGUUUCAAGAAGAAAGUUUCAAAGUCUUAUUAUCUUCCAAGCGAAAAAACUUCACCUGCCUUAAAUGGGGACUCUAUCAUUAAGCAAUGACCUCUAUUUCUAGAUAUUCCCAAAGAGAAGCAGCUUCUCCAUAUCCAACCUGUUGAAGCCCUUUGAAAUCUUAAGCUUCAAUUAAGCCAUCUCUCAGUUUUGUAAUAUCCAGUGGAUAUGAGCCUAGCUUGUCAAAUUAAUUCCUCAAAAGACAUCUGCCUAUUCCAGAUAUCAGUCCUAUAAAAUUUUCCUGAAGUACCUGGAAAAUAUUAAUAUCCUUCCUCAAAAGGGUACUGAGCAUCAAACCCCUGUGGCAAAAUCAUAUUGCUGCAUAUUCAGUAGUAGAAAUACAAAGUGGCAGUUAAGUGUCUCAUUCAGUCUGUGUAUAUGAGUUUUCAUUUCCGGACCUUGCGUUUCUUCCAUGAUCACAACAUGCAAAUCCUUCUAUUCAGUAUUACAUUUCUGGUGAGCUGAUGUGAACAACUUCCUUCUGAUAUAGUCUGUGCCCUCUCACCACCAAUGAUCCAGUGUUCUAGCUGCUGUGUUACAGGAAAACUACUUCUGGGAGAGGAAGGAGAAAGCAUUAUCUGAUUUUGUAUUACAACAAUGGGUGUAUGCUAUAAAAUAAUUAAUGAAGAUCCUG